AUGCACACCGGCGCAUGGGCUACGCUCCUGGCGGCCGCCGCUACAGUGGCCGUAGGCUCGCCCACGCCCGCACCACCCACGCCGACAGCCGACGACGACGCCAGCGCCGCGCUCCACCUCCCCAUCCGCUCCGUCCCACUGAACCCCGGGCAGCCUGGCCGACGUAACCUCCUCGGCGAGCUUGCGCACGUCAAGCGCAAGCAUCUCGCCAACCUGGCCGUCGAGGAGCGUGAGGUCGUCAAGCGCGACUUCCCCGAGCUCGAUGACGCUAGUCUCGAGAAACGCGGGGGUUCGCCGACCGCCGAGCUCACCAAUUGGGGACGAGACAGCAUGUACACGGCGCAAAUAACCAUUGGAACGCCGCCGCAGCAGUUCCAGGUGGAUCUUGACACGGGCUCGUCGGCACUGUAUGUGUACGACUCGUCGUGCUCGUCGACCGUUUGCAAGGCUGGCGUACCGCUCUUCCAGUCAUCGGCGUCGUCGUCGUACACUGGAUCCGUGUCGACGUACAAUGCGACUUAUGGGCUGGGGUAUGCGUUUGGCAACUGGGCGACGGAUACGGUGGCUCUCGCCGGCUCGAAUAUCACCAAGCAGGGUUUCAUCCAGGCGCAGAACACAGCCGACAUCUUCAACGGCACAAACGUGACGGGCAUUAUGGGCCUUGCGUGGUCCGGCUUGAGCCCAGGCAACCCGACGCCGUUCUGGCAGCAAGUCGCGCACGGCUGGACAGAUGGGCGUUUCGCUCUUUACCUCGGACGGAGAAGCGUCGCGGACUGGGCGAUUGUUGAGAGCAUGAACGGCUCGAACUCGAACCACGCUGUCGCCGGCGAGUUUUCUUUCGGCGGCGUCAACCCCGACAAGUACACUGGGGACAUCAACUACAUUUCCACGCCGCAGGACUACUGGCGUGUGGCCUUUGACGGCGCAGUGGUGAACGGCCAGCGCAUUGCCAACCCGGCCACGUCCAACAUGACGUUGAUCGACAGCGGCACAACGCUCGUCUACGGCCCGACAGCCAUCGUCAGCCAGAUCUACGCGGGCAUCAAGGGCGCGUACGCCUCCAAGGUGCCUCAGGAGAAGGGGUACUACAAGUUCCCCUGUGCCUCGGCCGCCAACGUGUCAUUCACUUUGGGCGGUGUAGACUACCCGAUCUUCAAGGACGAUCUUGUGUUCGACGUCGACCCGACGACCAAGGUGCCCGAGUGCUACGGUGCCAUUGUGGCGACCGACGACAUUGGAAAGGUCACGAACAAGCGUGCGCAGUGGAUCAUCGGCGACACGUUCCUGAAGAACGUGUACAGCGUAUACCAGUACACGCCUCCGGCAGUCGGCUUCGCGGCGCUUGCCCCUGGCCUGACCCCGUCCGCGCCGAGCGAUCUCACGCCGGUGCUGACUGCAGCCGCUGCGGUGCUCUCGGCGCAGGGGUACCACAGCGGCGCGGAGCGUGCCGGCGUCGCCGCUGGUGCCGUCGUGGCCUGCUUGAUCGCAUGGAGCAUCGUUUAG